UUGAAACUAUACAGGUGGUUUUUCAAAUACUCGUGGUCGGGCUGUCAUCUACAAAACACUAUUCCAAAAUAUACAUCAUUCAUCUCAUAUCAUGUAAAAUAAUGAAUACACCAAACAGCUGCCACACAAAAAAUUAAGAAAAUACUUUCAAGUCUAGUGAAUAACUUCAUGUGGUCAUUUGCUGUUUAAUAUGCUUUCUUUUUUGUGAAGGUCGUACACAGAAUCGGUUAAAUCUGAAAUGUUUUAGUUGGAAGAGUUAAAAUGUCUACAUGCAAUGGUAAUAUUUUCUAAAAUUUUAGUCUAACUUGAACAUUUCAUCAAUGAUUGGAUUUUGCACAAGUAUUGGGAGGAUCUCAACUGUAAUACGGACAUUUGCAAAGUCAAGUCCUUUUUGUUCUCUAGCCCGCAACAAAGGUAAACAUCUUGAACUCUAAGUAUUUCCAUUCAUAUCAGUGUAUAUUGAAGUCUAUGGAUGUCAAAUGAACUAUAGUGACACCAAUGUUGCUCAAAGUUUACUAACGGAAGCUGGGUAUAAUAUUGUUCCGUCAGUUGAACAAUGUGACACUGUUUUGCUCAUGACAUGUGCCAUUCGAGAUAGUGCUGAAGUAAAAAUAUGGCGACGUAUUCAGCACCUGCGAUCUCUUAGUCAUAAAACAUAUAUAAAAAUAGGUGUUCUAGGAUGUAUGGCCAAAAGAUUAAAGGAUAAACUCCUCAUGGAUGACAGCUGUAAAACAUUAGAAACAAGUGGUCAUUUCUCUCAUGUCAGUCACAAUAAUUACAAUGUUGCCGCAGAUUUCGUUUGCGGCCCUGAUUCAUAUCGUGAUUUGCCGAAACUUAUUGAAGAUGCUCAUUCUGGACUAAAAGGCGCUAGCGUCGCGUUGUCUCUGGAGGAGACAUAUGCAGAUGUAACCCCUGUACGGCGUCAUUUUACAACUAAUGAUUCUUCGGAGUCAAUUCCUGCUCCUACCGCCUUCCUGUCAGUCAUGCGUGGGUGUGAUAAUAUGUGCACCUAUUGUAUUGUACCUUUUGUCAGAGGGCGUGAACGUAGUAGACCAUUGGAUUCAAUCCUUCACGAGGCACAAGGGUUAUAUAAUGAGGGAGUAAGAGAAAUCACUUUGCUGGGACAAAAUGUUAAUAGUUAUUGUGACAAGUCGAAUACAGAAUUAUCAGUUAAUUCGUCUAAAACCGUUUCAACACUAGUCCCUGGAUUCAAAACUGUUUACAAACCAAAAGUUGGUGGUUUAAGAUUUUUCGAUUUAUUAAAUCAAAUAAGUCAGAUAAGUCCAGAACUGCGUAUUCGAUUUACAUCACCACAUCCAAAAGAUUUCCCAAUGGAGGUUCUUAAAUUGAUUUCUGAACGUAAAAACAUUUGUUCGAAUAUACAUUUACCAGCUCAAUCAGGCAGUGACUCUGUGCUAGAAAAUAUGAGAAGAGGCUAUACUAGACAAGCUUAUACAGCAUUGGUGGAUACCAUUCAUGAAAUAAUCCCAAAUGUUAGCCUUACAAGUGAUUUUAUCGCAGGAUUUUGUGGUGAAACUGAAGAAGAUCAUUCUCAAUCACUUGAACUUAUUGAACGUGUUGGUUAUUCAUUUUGUUUUUGUUUCCCGUACAGUAUGCGUGAGAAAACUUAUGCCUAUCAUCAUUUAACUGAUAACGUACCGAUUGAAGUGAAAAAACGACGACAUAACGAAUUAAUAAUGAAGUGUCGAAAUAAGAGUUUAGAAUUUAAUCAGAAACAGAUUGGCACUAUUCAACUUGUUUUAGUUGAAGGAGUAAGUCAAGUGAAAAAAAUUGAUGCAAUGGUUAACUCGUAUUAUUUUCAUUAA